AUGUUUCCUUUCUGUUGGACAGAUGCUGCACCGUAUUACACAAGGCCAAGAUAUUAUGACCAACGCGCCUUACCUUUACCCGACAUCCCAUUCCACGAGUCGUUGACCGAGCAGCAAGUGUCCCUUAAAGACAAGGAAAAGGGGCCCUGGAAGCAGCUGAGCCAAGAGGAAAAGAUUUCACUUUAUCGGAUAAAAUUCAACAUGACGUAUGCAGAGAUGAACAAGCCGAACCAAGAAUGGAAGACUGUAAUGGGAGCCAUCUUCUUUUUCUUAGGCAUAACAGGUCUUAUCAUCUGGUGGCAAAGAGUUUAUGUGUUACCUCCACUCCCGCAUACCCUCGAAGACGACUGGAAGGCCAUGCAGCUCAAAAGGAUGUUGGACAUGCGUGUGGGACCCGUACAAGGUUUAUCCUCCAAGUGGGACUAUGAGAAGAACGAAUGGAAGAAAUGA